AAAUACCUCCUGUGUUAAUCCUCUUAGGUGCAGCAGAAAGCCUGUCUCAUUCAGAGGGCAGCAGCCUCUUACACGCAUCACCGCCGUCUUAGGCUUUACCUCCUCCCGUUCAGGGGAAGCGUUUGCUCAUUCCGCCGUCACGCUGCCACUCUCUCCGUGGGUUGCCGGUUCCUGUCCGAUUGGUGUUUUAUGGUGACUCCUCUGGACUCCCUGUGCUCCUCCGCCUGCUGGGCCCAGCAGCUCCGCGGCUCCGCCACCAUGUCCACCCUGCCCAGCCUCAACACCCUGGGGCGCAUCUGCGGCUCCAGCCACUCCGACGACACCCUGGUGCUGGACCGGGUGAAGAGGAAGAACUCUGUGCGCCGCAUGUCCAUCAUCGAGGACGGCGAGAUCGCAGAGGUGCUCUACCUCAUCCCCAAGCAGUCCAUGAUGGAGCAGCUGCCCUUCCUCAACCCCAACGACUACAUCCUCUGUGAGAAGAUGGCCGGCAUGCCUUUUGAGCUGCCCCAAGCCUACCAGAACCACGCUGCGCCUCCUCCUCCUCCGGCGCCUGAGAGGAGGAGGGUCCAGUGUUUCCGCUGCGGGGAGAUGUGUAAGGGGGAGGUGCUGAGGGUCCAGGCGAGACACUUCCACCUCAACUGCUUCACCUGCACAGUGUGUGGCUGUGACCUGUCCCGCGGGGGCUCCUUCCUGCGCAGCGGGGACUACCUCUGCACGCUGGACUACCAGCGCCUGCACGGGACGCGCUGCCAGGGCUGUGGGGAGUACGUGGAGGGGGAGGUGGUCACCGCCCUGGGGAAGGCCUACCACCCGGCCUGCUUCGUCUGCACCUCCUGCAGACGUCCGUUUCCCACCGGUGACCGUGUCACCUUCAACCGGAAGGAGUGUCUGUGUCAGCACUGCUGUAUCCAGCCCCACCCCUCCGUCUCCAACGACAUCUCCUUCUCCAACAAUUGUGUGGGCUGCGGGAUGGACAUAAAGAACGGCCAGGCUCUGCUAGCGCUGGAGGGCCAGUGGCACCUGGGCUGCUUCAAGUGCUCCACCUGCCACCGCCUGCUGACCGGGGAGUACAUCAGCAGAAACGGACUGCCCUACUGUGAGAGAGACUACCAGGUCCAGUUUGGGGUCCAGUGUGACGCCUGUAAUCAGUUCAUCAUGGGCAAGGUUUUAGAGGCUGGAGAUAGACACUUCCACCCAAGCUGUGCUCAAUGCUGCAGAUGUGACCUUCUCUUCAGAGAAGGAGAAGAGAUGUUCCUACAAGCCUCCGUCAUGUGGCACCCCGACUGCAGGAGCAGCAGCAGUGGAGACACCCGCUCCAGGAGGUCCACAACCCCCAGUCUCCAUUACCUCUUCCCCCCGUCUGAACUACAGGCGACCAGGUCUUCGACGGAGAGCCUCUCAUCCCGGCCGGGCUCCGCCGUGGCCACCUCCCCCGGUCACUGCAUCUACGCUAAAGUAGACGACCAGGUGGUUGAUUACCGAGACUUAGCCGCCCUCCCGAGAGUCAAGGCCAUCUUUGACAUCGAUAGCCCGGACUUGCUCUCCUACGGCACCUUCCAUGAGACCAAGAGCCACCAGUCCUCCAAGCAGGACCGGCCCCUCCCAGCACAGUAUCAGCCAGCAGGAGUUCCCUCUCCUCCUCUGAAUGAGGUCUCUCCUGAGAGAGGGCGGAGGAGCAUGGGGCCGGGGUCCAUCCACCGCCACAGCUACACCCCCAGUGUGUCCCCACAGCACUUUCACCGACCAGGCGUAACUUCCUUUCUGUCAGGCUCCCGGUUCUCCUCCCCCUUUUCUGACCACUUUCUCCCUCUAAGUGCAGAACAUCAAGACAACCUGUAUAUGAAGCCCCCCAUUUACAAACAGCAUGACACGCCUCCAGCUGCCUACCAGACCUCCUCUCUGCCUGGCCACGGCCGGCACAGCGGCUUCUUCUGUCAGCAGUAUGGAUAUCCAUACAACCAGUAUGGAUACGCAACGGACGGAACUACUGGUUCCGAGGUGAGCGAUCCUUAGUGGUACCCGGACAUGGUAACAUGUACUUCAAACCCAAGUGUUCCCAUUGGCUGUUCAAGGUAAUGCUAACAGACUAUCCCUGCUCGGCGUGUAGCUGAGCCGACCUGCGUUCUCACAGCUGGACCGUGGUCUGUCCCUGCCCAACCUCCUGGAACACACUGUGUACCCCUAUGAAGUCCUGGCUGUCACCCCUAGAGGGCGGGCCAAACUCCCCAAGAACGUAGACAGGACAAGACUCGAGCGAUAUCUUUCUCCGGACUCCUUCUACAAAGUGUUUGAGAUGAACUUCCAGGAGUUCAACCGGCUUCCUCUGUGGAGACGCAACGACCUGAAGAAGAUAGUGAACCUCUUCUAGUCUGAGAGGCUUGUCUCAUUAACUAACUCAACGACCUGGGGAAGAUGUGAACCUCUUCUAGUCUGGAGGCUCAUCUCAUGAACCAACUCCCCCUCACCAUCGCCUUUUGGUUUCAUUGUUCCUCAACUUGAAUUUAAAUGAUUUUACCAACCAGAUAAUUCUUUGUCAUGGGUUUUGAAUGUUUAGCCUACGCUCACUUCUGUGUACUUCUGUGUCAUAAAUCCCCUCCUUGACACGAUUUCGGCAUUGAUUUCUGGUACUUUUGUAGACUUUAUGGAAUAUUAAACAAGGUAAACUAAA